AAAAAAAUAUAAAGAUAUCAUAAAAAUGACUACCACCAAGACAAUGUUAGUUGCAUUUGUUCUCACUUUGUUCUUUGUCAUAUCUUCUGUUCAUUGCUCCGAUGGCACUAGUGGUUAUGGCAUAACGGAAGCGACUAAAAGAUGCUUUACACCAGCGCCAUGUACGAGGGGAUUGUUCUAUUGCCAGACGUUUUGUUCAAGUUUAAGUGCUGUAUUGAUCGGUGUAUGUGAAUCUGGAAUAUGUUGUUGUAUACUGAACCAAUGAAUGUAAUGAAAAAAUUGUAAUCUUCUAAAAUAAAACAUUAAUAAAACCUUAGGAUUCGUUUCAAACCU